UAAAAAAGUAAACUAAAAUCAAUCCUACCGGUUUUGCACAAAUAAACAUCCAAAACACAUGUUAUGAAAGCAGUGUGAUUUGGACAUUUGGCUUCUGCAACAGUCAGCAAGCAAAUGGCGCAACAUGUUGGGUCCCACCUUCACCCCCACUCUCAUCCGGCAUCAACAUUCUUCUUCACAGCUACAACUCCAUCACCUACGUCAACUACUCUCUCUCCGUGCCGCUUCACCUUCCCAUCGAUUUCCGUCUCGUGUUCAUCUCCCUCGUCGAUUCCGUUAAGGCACGAGGAAGGCCAGUUACAGGAUGAUGAUCCUGUUUCGUCUCUUCAUCUUGAACCAAUCAGCAGCGAGGACCACUUCGAUCGCGUCGUUGCCGAGGCUCAACAUCAACAACAUGCUCUCCUUAUUGUUUGGAUGGCAGGUUGGUGCAGAAAAUGUAUAUAUCUAAAACCGAAAUUAGAAAAGUUGGCAGUAGACUAUUAUCCAAGCAUAAUAGCGAUCACCAGUCCAAUAAGCAUGUCACCGCAGCCCCCUCAAGAUGUGGUUGACAUCAUCGAACAACAUUGCAUUUGCUUCAGCUCCUUUGAAGUCUUGUACCAAACAUUCUACUUUGGAGUCAUCUCUACCUCAAGCCGCAACAAAAUGCCAAAGUACAAACCAGCACAGAAAAUAUUGAUUACAAAGCUGAUGAACAUCUAUUGAUCAUAGUUGAUUAGUAUUUUGACUUGUGCCGAGUGAUGAUUUUAGAGUAUGUUAAUGAAUCUAGAAUCAUAUUCUAAUACUUCGAACUAACUUAUAUUUGGGAAGAUACUUGGAUUUUAGAGUAUAGUAAACAUAUUUCCCAUAUGUAAUUUUUUUUUGCUGUCAUGACAUUUUUGUUCAGUAU